AGAGUGCAGUGGCUGCUAUAACCAGAAGAGGGAAAGUCUGAUCUUUUGUUCACCAAAGCUGAAAGGUGAUUAAACAUCAACACUGAAAACAGCAGGAACUAUGAUCCUUCCAAGCAAUGCGCUCAAAUUAUGUGUGUGGAUGUAUGUUCUCUUUUUCUUUGGGACCUUUGGUAGUGCCUUAGGUCCAUCCUUACUCGAUCUCAAGGAUCUCUUCAAUGCCAGUCUUUUAGAAACGUCAAACCUCUUCCUGGUACUUGGUAUUGCUGAAGGUACAGGAUGUCUUGGGUCAAUGGUUGUGUUGAAGUUUGUUGAUGCAAACCUCGUAUUCAUGGCCUGCCUUCUACUCAAGGGGAUAUGCAUAUUUCUGUUUGCCAUGACACCACAUCUGCAUAUAGCUUGUGUGGCCGUUGGCGUUAUAGGGGUAGCAACAGCAUGUGGCUACAACUGCGUCGUUCACUUGUGUAACCAGGUGUUCCCCGGGCCUUCAUCCAUUAUACAUGGAGUGUUCGUAGCCUCAUCUGUUGGAAGCAUCGUCAGCCCUCUUAUUGCAGAGCCAUUCCUUAACGCUCAAGAAAGGGCAUAUAUAAUUUCGCCCAAAAACAAUGCAACCUUACAAGAGAACGAUUUUUCAAAUCAAAGCAUAAAUUACUCUUAUGCUGCCACACCUUUGACAAUCUCUAUAUCACUGGCAGGGGACAAUGAUUCGUGUCAAAAUUGCUCAAUGACAGAUUCCACCACGAUUGCUAAAAAGUCACAAGUGUACAUUGUCUUCAUAAUAAUAGGCUCGUUUCAGUUGGUAGCACUUCUGGGAUUCAUUAUAUCGUAUGUUUGUGAGAGAAACAGUAAUUCGUAUAAGAUGAAUGAAGAAACAAGCAGCGGUUAUCACAACACAGAAGUGGAACAGGAAUCAGGUGGUGGACUGAAAACUAUAAUAUUUUAUAUAUGUCUAGUUUCUGCGUAUAUUCCUUUUGGUGGCUUACCAUUUGCUUAUAGUGGUUAUCUCUCUGUCUAUGGUGUUGAAAGUUACCUUCAUCUCGAUAUCAGGACUAUGGCUUCCCUGACAUCUGCAUUUUGGAUGCUGUUCACAGUUGGCAGGAUUCUUGGAACUGUUCUCAGCUUGCGUAUGAGACAAUCAGUAUUAAUUUACACUUGUCUCAUUGGGGUGUUGGUGGCGUCGGUAGCAGUGCUGUUUUUGAGUACGUUUGGUGAAGUUUGGCUGUGGAUUGGAUCCAUGGCAGUCGGCCUCUUUACUGGCCCCCUUUUGCCGGCGUCAUUGGCCUGGUGCAGGACCUGCGUUACUUUGACACCAGUAGUGACUGGCAUCUGCACGUUUGGCAACUUCACUGGUAUAUUUCUAUUGCAGUACAUUACAGGUCAAGUGGUGGGCUAUUUUGGGGUGGAUUGGUAUUUGUAUUUCAUUAUAUUCCUCUCCCUUUUUGAACUAAUGCUAUUUGUAGUUCUCACAGUGCUAGGUAACUGCAUUAAGUAAAUAAGAAUCUAUAUAUAGGGACUAUGAACCGAGUGUUUAUGGUUCCUAAAUGGCAUAUACUAUGGUCAGAAUCUCUUUUGGAACCAAUGCAGUUUGUAUUUCUCACUGUGCUUGGUAACUGCAUGAAACAGUGUAUGUCCGAAUGGCAUACUAAUAUAUAACGACCAGAGGUUGCACGAUGCUAUUGGUACAUAUUAUCUUCUGUGUACUCCUUACUAUUGGUAGUAUCUAUCUGUAUUAUAUUCCUGUCCCUUAUUGAACUAACUUCGUUGUUCUCACAGUGCUAGGUAAUUGCAUUAAAUAGAUAAGAAUCUAUAUAAAUAUGGACCAUGAACCGAGUGUGUUUCUGCAUCCUCAAUGGCUGACACUAAUACUAGAAGUUGUAUUAUGUUAGUUUGUGGAAGGGUAAGCGCACAAAUGUAAUAAUCACAUUAUGAUAAUGUUAUUCUUAAAGUAACUCAUGUUAAGGACCUAAAUUCAAACGAAAAUCACAUUAUUUUGAGAACCAUCCUAUUAUCACGUAAUGAAUUUGAAUACAGCUAUGUUUUUCAACAGAAUAUCCAACUGUAAUGAUAGACAGACAGUAAAUUCGGUAAUUGUUGGGGAUUUGACCAAUAGUUAGUUUUAACAAAGUGAUGCGCAUAGAACAAUACCUUUUGUCGGAGCACUGGAGAUAUAUUUUAUGAGUGGUUCAGUUAACUUAGUUAACAAUAUUGUUAUCUAUCUCCUGUAAUAGAGAAAGCUGAGAAGAUGAAUUUGCUGAAAAUGUACAACACAUCUUAUGUUGUAGUAGUAUAGAGCAUAUG